UUUAAAUAGUAUAAGUAGGAGACAUAUUUUAUAAACUCGCGGCAUAACUUGGAGUUUUAAAAUAGACCGGGAACCGCAAAAUCGGUGUUUGACACAGUCGCCCGGGUUUUCGCAUUCGAAUAAGUCGGCUUCAUAUAUUUUUUAGACCUGGAUAUAUAACAAAAGCAACUAAGCCAUGAGCGGUCCCUUCAAGAGAAGGUCUUCGAUCAAGACCUUGCCUGCCAUGAGUCUUCCCGUCGACUCAAUGCGCAGGGCUUCCAUUCGAAGGGCAUCGGUAGCCUUGGGACAACAGACCAAAACGGCCGGCCAACAGGAAGUUCCUUGGGAUAUUCUAGACAGAUGUUUGCUACCCGUGGUGUUCUGUCAUGCUGCGGCUGUCAUCGCUAGUAACGCGUUAAAUGUGCUCAAAAUUUGGCAAGUGACGACGUUUACUUUGUUUAUAUGGUUUACGAUUGUGACUAUUGGAGCGGUUCUUUUUUACCAUAAUCUUAAGGUGACAGCAGCGGGCAAAGCCGUCCUCAUUACCGGAUGCGAUUCCAGGAUAGGGAGCGCCCUCGCCAGGCAGCUAGACGAACAAGGAUUCACCGUGUUUGCAGGAUUCCAGAACGCCGCAGGAAGCUCCGCGGCAGAGGAGUUGAAGGAAGUUUGUUCUGCGAGACUGCAUGUUUUGCAGUUGGACGUGUCCUCGGAAACUCAAAUUUUAGCGGCAUCUUUGUAUGCCGUUGAGCAUCUGCCAGAUGGCGCUCCUGGUUUGUGGGCUGUUGUACAUGCUCAAUCAUGGGUGGCGUUAGGAGAAAUUGAAUGGAUUCCACCUCAGGUAAUCAAGAAAGCAGCUGACAUCAACUUCAUUGGACCAACCAGAGUUACCCAAAUUAUGCUUCCUCUUGUCCGCCGCGCUAAAGGUCGCAUCGUCAUGAUCACAUCCGGUCUUUGCAGAGUUGCAUCUCCAGUUAGGGGGAUCCACUGUGGACUGCUGGCUGCUUUGGAAUCUCAAGCUGAGUGCUUAAGGAAGGAACUGAAAAGCAGAGGUGUUGAUGUAGUAGUAGUAGCCCCAGGCGAAUUGACUGCUGGUUCAUCGUGGUUGUCAGAUCAACACAUAAUCGAUCAAGCUAAAGACAUGUGGAAACAACUGGGUCAAGAACAGAAAACAGAAUAUGGUGAAAACUACUUCGAAAACGCGUUAAGAAGUUUAGAAAAGCACACCAAAAAUCAAGAAGUGGACCUCUUUCCAGUUCUUCGCUCUUUGAACGACGCCUGUAUCCGCACAUUUCCCUUGACAAGAUACACGCCAGUCUCCCGCAAGGAAAAGGUCCAAGUCUUCAUCGCUGAAUACCUUCCACGCGCUGUAUACGACGUGAUUUACUCUUAGGUUAAAAGUUUAGAACAUCAGCUCAAUUUACAACGUAUAUUUUAUGUAUUGUUUGUAAUUGUCUAGUCUAACUAUAGUUGCACAAUACAAAAUUUGCAUUUUGUAAAUAGUAUAUAAAUAAAUUUUUUAACAGUAAA